AUGACUUUAAAAAGAUUUUUUAGCCGUAGUAAAAUUAACAAUUUUACUGCGGAUGCAGUCAAAAGCGUAAAUUUGAAAACGUUAGAACAAGAUUCUUAUACUAAUAUAAGUCCGAAAAUAAAAUCUCUUUUAAAUAAAAAUUUAUAUAACCUAGAAUAUCAUCCGUUAUGUCUUAUCAAAGAAAGAAUAUUAAAAUUUUUUCAAAAAAAUUAUGUCAAUUCUCGGGGAAAUGCCAUUUUUUCAAUUUUAGAUAAUUUAAAUCCAGUCGUGAGUGUAAAUCAAAAUUUCGAUUCUUUGCUUAUUCCAAAAAAUCAUCCGUCAAGAAGUAAAAGUGAUUGCUACUACUUGAAUAAAGAUUUUAUGCUCCGGUCUCAUAUGACCGCUCAUCAAUAUGAAUUUAUCAAAAUGGGUUUUAAUAAUUUUUUAACAGUUGGAGAUGUUUACAGAAGAGAUUCUAUCGAUUCAACUCAUUAUCCAGUUUUUCAUCAACUUGAUGGUGUUAAAUUGUUCUCACCAUUAGAGCUUUUUGCCGAGGAAGAUGAUGGGAUCAAAAAAUUUGAAAUAAUGGAAAAAGAACCAACAGCAAGAACUAAAGAGAAGCAAGAAGUUUACACAAGUGAAGCGAUUAAACUUGUUGAAAAACAUUUAAAAUCAGCAUUAGAAAAUCUUUCAAAAGAUCUUUUCGGAUCAGAUGUAAAAUUCAAAUGGGUUGACGCUUACUUUCCCUUUACACAUCCAUCUUGGGAAUUGGAAAUUUUAUUAAAUGAUAAAUGGAUUGAAAUGCUCGGUUGUGGCAUCAUAGAACACAAAAUUUUAGAAAAAGCUGGAUGUUCAGAUAAAAUUGGAUGGGCUUUCGGAUUAGGAUUGGAAAGAUUAGCUAUGAUUUACUAUUCAAUACCUGACAUAAGACUUUUUUGGUCUGAAGUACCAGGAUUUUUAAAUCAGUUCAAAAAUAAAAGUUGCUAUGAUAAAAUCACGUUUCAACCGUUCAGCAUUUACCCUUCGAGUUAUUUUGAUAUUAGUUUUUGGAUUAGUAGUAAUGAAUUUAAUUGUAAUGAUUUUUAUGAACUUACCAGAGAAGUUUGCGGUGAUAUCGUCGAAGAAGUUUCACUCAUUGAUGUUUAUAAUUGUAAAAAAACAAAUAGAACGUCAUAUUGUUUUAGAAUCGUUUAUAGAUCACUUGUAAAAACAUUCACUUUGCCAGAAUUGAGAGAAAUUCAUGCAUUUCCGUGCUUGUCUGCACUACCUAAAUUCACAACAUCUCAACUCGAUAUAAUACGUAACUUCCGGUUAUCGUUUAAUUAUCGACACAAUCAAAAUUCAAAUGUAUUAAAAAAGUAUUAUUAUUUUAAAUCAUACCAUAAUGGCUGA